AUGGGGAAGGCAGAACACUGCCUGACUCAGGCGCAACUUGAGAAAUACGCGGCGUUUCAGGAAAGCAUAGGAGCGGUGGAGAAAGCGGGGCACCGCAGGCUGAACCACCAGCUGUAUGACCAGCAGAAUGAACUUUGCGAGGAGCAGAGGCUACUGCAGAAGCUGGAUGAGCGCGAGGCUGAGGCCCACCGGGUGGCUCAGGAGACCCUCCUGGCUGAGCAGCUCGCCAAGCUGCGCGAUGACAAGUUGCGUGAUGAAAAAGAGAGGCAGCGCGUGCGGCAGGAGUCGGAGGAACUGCAGCAGCUGGAGCGCCAGCUGUACCAGGCCUACGUCAACAAGGAGCGCCACCUGCAGCUGCAGUGGGCGGACGCCGCCGGCUCGUGCAGAGAUAGCGCCAAACCGGCGAUGGAGAAGGAGCGGGAGCGGGAGGCGCUGGACGAGUACAGGAAGAAGCACGACUUCGAAACGCAGGAGAAAGAGCAGAAGAGGCUGGUGGAAAGCACCAGAUACCUCGAGGGCCUGAGACAGCAGUUUGUCGAAAAAGAUCUUCAAAAAGAGAGCGAAUUCCAGCAGUUCCUGAAGGACAAAGCCGUGAUUGAUGAAAUCGUCAAACAGAUCGAGGAGGAAGAUAAAAGGCGCCAGGAGUAG